ACAACAAAUUUAAUCACAAUUUUUUAAGGGAUUCAAUAUUUCUUAUUGUUGCUAAAUGCAGUCAUAAGCUUUCUUGCUGGAUUCGCAACGUUCUCCAUACUCGGAUUUCUUGCUUAUUCGAAGAAUACGACGGUGGAGGAAGUUGCAAAUUCUGGACCAGGUCUCGUUUUUGUUGCUUAUCCUACAGCGUUAUCAUUGCUUCCUCUGCCUCAAGUAUGGUGUGCACUGUCUUUGUCAUGUUGCUACUGCUUGGGUUUGAUAGUCAGUUUGUUUACCAUGAAACGUUCAUCGCAUGCAUGAAGGAUCAGUUUCCUCGGUUCUUCAGAAUUAAAUGGGCGAACGAGAUUUGGGUUGGAGUCGCUGCAGCAGUUUUAUUCAUUCUUUCAUUACCGAUGCUGACUAUGGGAGGAAUAUAUGUUUUAAAUAUCUUCAACUCAUAUGCAGUAACAGGAUGGUGUCUGUACUUCAUUUCACUGGUGGAAUUUAUAGCCAUAGGUUGGAUUUAUGGCGUUGAUCGAUUUUGUGAUAAAAUGAAACUUAUGCUGGGUUUUGAUGUUUCGAGAAUUUUGUUGAAGAUCUGCUUGAAAUUUGUCGGACCCGCAUUGUCAACGGCUCUAAUAGUAUAUUCGUUAUCUUCUUAUCGCCCACUCACACUUGGACGAUCGUAUGUUUAUCCUGCAUGGGCGGAUGCUUUAGGAUGGAUGACUGCCUUGAGUUCGAUGCUAACAAUUCCUAUUGGAGCAGUGUAUGUGCUGUACAGAACAGAAGGCGCUACACUUUGGGAGAAACUUAGGAAAUCGAUUCAAGUUCGUGAUUGUUGCAGAGAAGAAAUUAAAAAUGAGUUGAACCUAAAAACAUCAGACAGCAGGGACGAUGAUAUUAACAACCGUUGCAAGGAAUCUCUUCUAUGAGAGCUGAUAAUUUCAAUUUAAAUUAAGAAAAAUUGUCAUCCCCUGUAAAUUGAUGUUAUCAUUUUAUAAGUAGUGGCUGUGUUUGUCCUUGUUAUUCUGACCGCAUGUAGACCAGAUAUUACGUUGUAAACGAUCAAUCUAAUAUGAAUCUAGGUUUUUGAGGUCGGAUUUCAAACUUUAAGUGUUUGAAUUCUCUUGCCAUAUAUUUUGCCGCCGCGUGCUGUGGCUGCUCAUCGCGUAUUCGACUUGUAAGCUGGUCGAAAUUGUCCAUAUCGUGGGCUGUCUCUAUUAUCGCUGAACUGUUGUAUUUUAAUUGCAUUUGCUUUAUCCGGAUCGGAAAACGUUUGGUGACAGUUUUGUCUUUAUUGGUUUUGUAGCAAUAUGAGAUACAACUGUCGAUUUCAAUAGCAGGGGCCAUCGACAAUUUGGGUUGGCUUGCAAUUUAUUUAUUUAUCAUUUAUUGUAAUUUGUAUGCUGAUUGUGUAUUUUCAACAAGGUGAAAAAAUAAACAACUGAUUACUGCG